UCCCAUAUUAUUGUGUUUAGAAAUUAGAAAUUACCCCCACUGACCACUGAGCACUGAUUACACAAAAACAGUAAACAGUGAUUGUAGUCCGUGCGCGAACCACGAUUUUUAUCUGCCGCCAAAUUCCAAUGUGUUGUGCGCCGAAUGGCGACCAUUUUGCGUAUUUUUUUACAUGAAAAUCAGAAUUUUCUAGACCUAUAAAAGUAUAAUCUAUGAUAAUAUUGUAGUUUAUUGGUAUAAUAUGAUGACUGAUGAGUUAAUGAUGACCACGCAUAAUAGUAAAAUAUAAAUGACCGUCAGCCAUAUUCUUCCCCGGCCGCGAUAACACUGUGGUUAAUAUUUGGUCACAACAGUAUUAUACAAAAUGUAUUUUUAAUUAAUCAACUAAUUUUAGUUUUGUUAUUUUGUGCCUUUGUCGUUCAGUCUGGCCGCCUGGGUAUUACCAUCUUCAUAACCGGUAUAAUAUUAUUAUUAUCGUAAUAUCGUUUCACUGGUUAGAACUUAGAAACUACUAUUUUUAAACAAUUCACCAAAUCAAAUAUUGUUUUCUAUUACAUGAGCGCUCGUAUGAUGUAUCCACAGAUCGUGAUUUUCAGGAUUUUAGACAGAUUUUUAUUAUACCUAUUCGGCAUCCACUUCGAGUCGUGAGGUGUUUGUUAAGACUCAAAUGAACAAUAAUUGUUAUUUAACAUUUAUUAUUGUGCGUGAAAUGUACCUGUAACUAGCAACUGCACUAGAAGACAGAAAAUAGAACAACUGCAAUAAAUGAUGGAAAAAUCAUUAGUUCCUCAUAAGUCUACUAUCAAUGAUCUUUAUAUUACUCACGCUGAAUUUCAAGGAUGUUUCAUAAAAAUUUGGGCAAACUUUUACUCUCAAAAGAGAACAAAUUUAGAAAAAAACGUACAAGAUUAUGAAAAUUACUCAAGGGAAUGUAAUACAUUGGACUUAUUUGGAAACAAGUUAUAUGUGUAUACUUAUAAAAAUGACUAUGAACCAAGAGUUUAUAGAUGUCGAAUUAUAUAUACAGAUUUAGUAGCCAAAACUCACACUAUAGUCCUCAUAGAUUAUGGCAGGACUAUGGUAGCUUCAUAUUUUGAUGUAAGAGAAGUAAUCCAGGAUGUAGAUCCAUCUUUUUUAAUUGAUUUGGGUCAGAGAGCUACAGUAUACACAUUCCUGCUGAGUACAUAUAUAAGCAAACCAAAAUCAAAUAUUGACUUAGUUAAUGUUUUAUGCAAUAAAUAUUACAAAUAUCGAAGAGACUUUGAAGUUGGUGGAAUCACCUUCAUAUCAUUAUUUGAUGUUGACAAAAUUUUAGUUGAAAAAGGCAUAGCAGAUCCUAUAAAUUUGGCUACCAUGAUCACCAUUGCUAAAAGUAUGGAAUCGACAAUUGAGCUAAACAAUAAAACCGAUAUAAUCAACAGUUACCCAAUUAAAAGCAACUCUUUAAGCUAUGGUUCUUUUCUGCGAUCUCAACGUUUAGAUUAUGUUACUUUUAUAAACAUAAGCGUUACAAGAGUUGUUAUAGAUAGCAUUUCAAUUCUACUAACAGUUCGAACACUUGACAAUGAAUCUGAAGCAUUAACCACUAUGUUAAAUUCAAUUGACAGACAAAAUUUAAAACUGGCACCUGUUCUUGAAGUGUAUACUCCUUGUUUGAUUGUUUUGCGUAACAAAUUAGUUAGAGCUAUUAUUUUAGAAAUAAAAGUAGAUAAAUUAUACAUUGAUCUAGUAGAUUAUGGAAUCAAAGAAUUGGUGCCUAGGACUGCAGUUUUUGAAAUACCUUCCAAUUGCUAUUUAAUUGAAAUGCGAUCUUUGAAUGUGGUACUAGACAAGCCAAAAGAUACUAUUGUAGACCAAAACAUGUUUAUUCAAAAAUAUUUUCAAAUGUUACCGUUGAAAAUGGAUCCUAAUUUUGGUUUGUACAAAAUUAAAUUGUUCAAAAAAACUAAUAAAGGACCUGUUGAUGUAUGUGAAGUAUCAAAAGAUACAUAUGAUUUAAUAACUAUGGAGUCGCAAGAAAUGUUUUCAAUAACAGAGAUAAAUGAUGAGAUUAAAAGCAUUGAAAAUAAUGCUGAAAAUUGUACAAUACCAAUAAACCAUCUUAAUGGUAUUCAAAUAGAAAAAGAAAUAGUAAGCAUAAAUUCAAAAAAAAAAGAAAGUGUGGAUUCAGAAACAAAAGAAAUCACAGAUUCAGAAAUAAAAGAAAUCAUAGAACUUGAAGUAGUGGAAAAAAAACCAGAAGUUACAAAAAAAAUAUUCCCAAUAAUGUUUUUAAAGAAAGAAACUUUAAAUAAUGCACAAGAAAUUAUUGGUUCAUUGAUUUAUUACAAAUCACCAUUUGACUUUAGUGUUAGACAAUACAAUCCAAAUUUUGAACCUUAUAUGGACUACAUUAAAUCCAUUUUGGACUCUCGUUGUAUUUUGAAAAAAUGUGAUCUUGUGGAAAAUAUGUAUGUUAUUUAUCAGAUUCAAUCAAAUUCUAUAUAUCGUGCUAAAAUAAUUGACAUGGAUUAUAAAAUUGAAAAUAUUAAAUUACAAUUGAUUGACGAAGGAGAUAAAAUAAUCAAUGAAUAUUUUGACAAAAUCAUAUUGUACAAUUUUGUUGAAAGUGAUUGUAACGUACCUGGACAAUUAGUAAUACAUUGCUCAUUAAGUGACAUGUGGUUCCCUGUUAUAAAUAUUGAUACUACGUUAAUGUUACAACCAUACUUUAAAAUUGGUCAGCUAUAUAAGAUAUUGAUCAUACAAACUAACGAGUCUGGAACAAAAGUAGUGCAGAUGAUUCAAAAAGAUACCAAUGUUGAUGUUUCAAAUGCUAUACUUCAGUCUGGAAUUGGGCAACGUUUAAAUGCUGCUAUGAAAACAGAUGAAAAUCCAUACGAAGAAAACCUAUUAUUAGGUCAAAGUUUCCUUUCAUAUGUUUAUAAUUACCAUUUAAAACUGAGAAUUCAACCAGAACCAAACACGGUUGAUGAACUGGAAGAAGAAAUUGCAAAACACAUCAAUGAAAAUCCUGACUCAGAAUCAAUGGAUAUCAAUUAUUUACAAAGUACAUAUUGUUUGGCAACUGUCAAUAACGAUCAAUGGUAUAGAGCUUCUAUUAAAAACAUAAAUGAAGAGUCCAUCAUAGUAAACAUGUUCGAUAUUGGUUUAUUGACUGAUGUUUCAUUAAAUCAGAUUCGACCAAUUACAAGUAAUUUAAUGAGAAGACCUCAACUUAGUUUGAAUUGUCAUUUGGAGAGUAAAGACUUAGACAUCAAAAUUACUGAAAAAACAUUGUAUAAAAUAACAGUAAAAUCCAUUGAUCCUAACGGAAUGUUGUUUAUAAAUAUACAAGAACAUUGUUCUACUCCACUUUCUACUCCAAUUGUUCGGGGUAUUGAGAAAAUAUCAUUUUUACACGUUGAUGGUGACUUGACUUACAUGCAGAGAUCUCAAGAUAUAUCAAUUGUUGAAAAAAUAUCUGAAAAUCUAUCAAAACUUACUGGUAAAUUAGAAAGUAAAACUUCCAUAGUACCAGGAGACAUAAGCAUGUUUGAAAGCCAUGGUAAAUAUUAUAGAUGUGUAGUUAAAUCAAUUACUUCCAAAUUGGCAGUUGUACAUUGCAUUGACUUUGGUUAUGAAAAACAAAUAGAGAAGAAAAAGUUGCAAUGGUUGGGGCUUACUAAAAUAGCACUGUUACCAGCACUUGUCAUCACCGUUAAAACAUUUCCAAUGGCAUGUAACAUGUCUAGAACAAUGUUUCUAGCCAACAUGCGAGUAGACCAUGACGGAACACUUAAUGCUUUGCCAAACAAAAUGACACCAGUACAGUCACAAAACACAUUAAUGGAAUCCCUUGAAAAUGGUUGUUUAGUGAGAGUCACAUGUAUUAACUCAGUCAGUGACUGUUGGAUUGUUCCUCAUUUAUUUGAUGAAAAGCUAAAGAUUAUAUCUGAUGUUCUUAUAAAAAUGCAGUCAAAAAUGAUACCACCUGUGACUGAAAUUGGUUCGAUGUGUGCUGCAUUACAUUCCAUAACAAAAAAAUGGCACAGAGCUUUGAUAUUGGAUAUCGAUGGAAGCGCUGAAAAUGUUUUGUCAAUAGAUUCAGGUGAACGGUUUAAAGCAUUGAAAACCACUAAAUUGGUUAGUGAAAUUCAGAAAAUACCAAAUUGUGCCUUACGCUGUCAAGUUGUGUCGAAUAUUGACAUUAAUACACUUUUAAACAAAGAUGUUGAAUGUAAGCUUAUGUCUUAUACUCAGCCACUACUUGAGGUGAAAUUAUUCGCAAAUUACAGUAACGAAUCAGAAAUAACAUCUACUGUGUCAAUUAUGUCAUGGUGUAUUGCAAUCAAUAGGUUUGAAUCGUUUAAUGAGUUCUAUGUAAAAAAAGUCAAAUAUGAUUGUGAUUCAAAUAAUGAAAAUGUAGACAAACAAUUAAAUUGUAUUGCUAACAACUUGGAAGAUUUUCUACAGCCUCCACAUAUUGGUACACUAGUGGCAGCAUUGACUGAUAAAAAUGAUGGUUUAUGGUAUAUGGCCGAAUUAUUGACCCCCAUUAAAACAAAUCUAGUUGUUCGGAUCAUUAGUGAUGAUACUAUUUGCAACGCAACACAAAUUAAAGUUCUCCCUGACAUCUUUUGUGAUGAGAAAUUGUAUUUUCACUGUUGUCUGGAUCAAGAAAUUAUGGAUGUUAACAUUAAUGAUCCCCUAAAUUCUGAGGUUAUCUCAGAAAUGAUGAUGCAAUAUCAAUGGAUAAUGACAACUACAAGUAACACUGAACCCUACAGAGUUACAUUGACUUAUGAUGGUGUAGAUUGCUUAGAUAUUUUGUAUAAAAUUUUAACUAUAGAUCACCAUGACAUUUCUGAUACCAAUAAAAUAUAUGAAAAUGUACCCAUUUUGAAGAACAUUGAACUUAAUGACAAUCAUGCAAAAACAACUUCGGAAAAUCCGUUAAAUAAUGAUAAUGUUUUGAAUAUACCUGAAGUAGAAACUGUGAUAAUCAAGUAUGUUGACACAUUCCAAUGUUUUUAUGCGCACUCUGAUAGUUUGUCAAUGUUAUAUAUGCAACGGAUCACUGAAGACUUGGAUGUGAGCGUAGUUGAAUUAUCUUUAAAUGAUUGUAUGGUUGGUUCUGUUGUUGUUACAUUAAGUAAAUAUUUUAACUGUUGGUGUAGAGCCAAAAUAGAUAUAAUCACUGAUGAUUGUAUUAGUGCUAAAUGUUACCUAUUGGACUUUGGUGAAUAUGAAGAUUGCACUGAAUUUUAUAAGCCUACAGAUUUCCUUUGUAUGUGCCCUCCAGUAGUUAGACGCUGUUCAUUAUAUGCACCUAAGUUGGCUGGCCAAGAAAAUGAAAUUUGGUUUCCUAAUGUUAAUGAUAUGUUUAAAGACAUUACAUCAAUUGAUGGUGUAAAGUUUAAGAUGAUGAUAAAAACUCAGGGAGAUCCUUGUGUGGUCUCUUUGCACCUAGAAGAUUCUGACAUUAGUGAAAUGAUUUAUCCUCUAUAUGUUCAAUUAACACAUGUUAAGUCUUUUACCGAUUUCAAAAUUAAAGCAAUGACCAGCGAUCAGGAAUAUAUAUUCCAAAUAUUGGAAAGCUAUAUUAAUACUACAAAUAUAGUGGAAGUACAAAACCCCGUAGUUGGUGAGUUCUAUCUUACAAAAAUCAAAUCAAAAUAUGUACGUGUGAAGUUGGAAUCAAAUAGUGGUUCUAAGUAUUUAGUCAUUGACAUAGAUGAUACUUUGGAUUUGUUGUCUGUAACAAAUUUGUAUGAACUACCAGAAAGUAUACGCAAAAUUCCUAUAUUAUGCAUGACCUGUUCAUUGAUUCUUGAUGAUGAAAAAAAGUAUAGUUUGAGUAACUUCCAAAAGUUGGCUAACCCUAAAGUUACGUUUAUUAUGUGCAUCAUUACAGAGAAUGAUGGUACAACUCCAAAUCAAGUUAAACUUUAUAUUGAUAACAAAGACGUUCUUGAUUUUAUAAAAUUACAAUAAAUUAACUGUUCUUUACUUACAUUUAUUUUAUCAAAAUUUAAAGUACAAAGUUUUUUAGUUUCUGAUUUUUU